AGCAAGCUCUGGAAUACAUCUGCGAGACAGAAUUUCACGGUUUGUUACCGAGCAGGAAACAGGUUCAGUAUGAAGGCGAUCAGUCCAGUGCUGCCGAUGCGAAGGACUCACGUCAACUCGCACGCGCAGGAUCUCGGGAUAUGGAGAAGUAAGAGCGCGUGGGACGAGCCGCUUGGUGUGCUUUGUGACAUGAACGACUGCUACAGCCGCCUGAAAGAGCUGGUGCCCAGCCUGCCGCAGGACCGGAGCGUCAGUAAGAUGGAGAUCCUGCAGCAUGUCAUCGAUUAUAUUCUGGACCUUCAGAUCGCGCUGGACUCCAGCUCGGAUAAUGCGAGUCCUCAAACGCAGCGACGUCCUGGUCAAGCAGGAGUUUCCUCCAGUACUGACUCUGAUAUCAGCUCCUUCCAGAUAAGCCACUUUGCAAGAGAAACCAACACAGAUGACCAGAUAACGAUCUGAAGCGGUGUUUCUUUGGAGCAAAAACAGGACCCUCUUUUUUUUUUUGUUGUUAUCCUUCCGUGUACUUUCGCCUGGACUUCAUCUUGACUGACACGGAUUUCCCUGGAACGGAGAUAAACCAUUCUGUAUGUCUGAUUUAUAUUUAUCUGCAGGCCAUACACGACCUUACUUCCAAAGGAAGACCUCCUUACAGGACUGAGAGGACCAAUUGUUUCAAAAAAAAAAAAUAAAAA